AUGUUUGAAAAGGAUUUGCCCGACUAUGAUUGCUGGAACAAGGCCCACCAAAUGAAGGAUUUCCUCUUCCAGAUGGUGCAGGAUCCCUUGAUAUCUAGUGCCAUCAUGGAUGGCAAAGUCACUGCCGAGGACAUGACGAGCUUAGCCAGCAUCCCCCCACCAGCACAACCCACAUCGUCAUCAUCAUCACCACAAACAACCCCUGAAGAAUCCUCAAGGAAGAGAAGACGGUCAUUGUCCGCUUGUCCAACCUCGAAGAAACUCAGAAGGGCCUCUGACCAAAUCGAUGACAGGGCAGUCAUGCUGAGACCCAAUCGCUGGCGUCAAGUGGCAGGUCGAGCGUGGGUGGGAACCCCUCCUUUGACCAUAGGCGCACUGCACCGUGAUCACCAGACUCAAGGUACUGCUCCAGUGGGAACACAGCAGGAUGACUGCGAUGAGGAUGCGACAGAGGAUCCAUCCUUGGAUGAGCCAGAUGCUGCUGGAUCCAUGCUGGAGGAGUUACCUGAUGCUGCUCUUCCUCCCUUGGAUGCAUGCCAGGAGGAUACACGUAUGUUAGACGAUCUGUACUCUCAAUGCCCGCUGAAAGAGCUGCUCUCUGAUGGGUGGGAGUGGGAUGCUGAUUCGAUGCCAGAAGACCUGUGGAUGGGACAGGAUGGUGUCAGAGAGCUGGAAUGCUUGUCAGAAGACUGGGAUAUUGUCGGAGUCAGAAUACUGUCAGAGUCGGAACACUGUCAGGAGGCGGAUAGAAGACGGAUUGGGUUCUGUCUGAGUUGA